UAUUUACCAGCUUGUUGCAUCUCUUUCCAAAUAGAAUAAAAAGAUUGCUUAUAGAGAAAGAAUCUUUUUUAUUGUGGAGACGAAAGGCUCCGUUUCAGAUUCUUAUAAAAACAAAGAUCUUCCAUCUCUCACGAGUCACGCCCAAUCAAAUUUCCUCUUAUGAUAAAACAGAUUCUGUAUUUGUAUCCUUCUUUUUUUUUUUGUUAUAUAUUUCUUCUUUUCUCUGCCAUUCCUAAGAACAUCCAAAUCUGAAACUCUUCUUAGCUUCACGCACGGUCCAUCUGUUUCUAUGUUCUAAAUUCUAAUUAUGACACUGUAUUCUGUGUUAAUUUGAUGUCAGGCCACAACAAGCUUAUUUAAUUAAGAAACUUCAUAUUGCAUCAAAAACAAGAGCAUCUCUCUUCAUUUACAAAGAUUUGGUAUUGUAAAGAUGGUGAUGAAAAGUGUGGAUCUGCGAUCAGACACCGUGACAAGACCAACUGAUGCUAUGCGGGAAGCAAUGGGAAGUGCAGAAGUGGACGAUGACGUCCUCGGCUACGACCCAACGGCUCGACGUCUUGAAGAGGAGAUGGCUAAGAUGAUGGGGAAAGAGGCGGCUCUGUUCGUGCCAUCUGGUACAAUGGGGAAUCUGAUAUGCGUGAUGGUUCACUGCGAGGUCAGAGGCAGCGAGGUGAUUCUUGGAGACAAUUCUCACAUCCAUGUUUACGAGAAUGGAGGGAUCUCCACAAUCGGAGGAGUGCAUCCCAAGACAAUCAAGAAUGAAGAAGACGGGACAAUGGACUUGGCGGCCAUUGAAGCAGCCAUUAGGGAUCCUAAAGGAAGCACUUUUUAUCCAUCAACAAGGUUGAUUUGCUUGGAGAACACACACGCCAACUGUGGCGGGAGAUGUUUGAGCGCGGAAUACACAGACAGAGUUGGAGAUAUUGCCAAGAGACAUGGAUUAAAGCUUCAUAUCGAUGGAGCUCGGCUUUUUAAUGCUUCCAUUGCACUUGGAGUUCCAGUCCAUAGGCUUGUAAAGGCUGCUGACUCUGUUUCGGUGUGUCUCUCUAAAGGUCUUGGAGCUCCGAUAGGAUCUGUAAUCGUUGGCUCACAGAGUUUCAUAGAAAAGGCUAAAACGUUAAGGAAAACAUUAGGUGGAGGAAUGAGACAAAUUGGCGUUCUGUGUGCAGCCGCUUUGGUCGCACUCCAAGAGAACCUCCCAAAGCUACAAUUUGACCACAAGAAAGCGAAGCUGUUAGCUGAAGGGUUGAAUCAACUGAAAGGGAUUAGAGUAGACGUUGCAGCCGUGGAAACCAACAUGAUUUUCAUGGAUAUGGAGGAUGGAUCAAGACUUACCGCUGAGAAACUGAGCAAGAGUUUAACUGAGUAUGGCAUUCUCGUCAUCCCGGCAAACUCAUCCCGGAUCAGAAUGGUUAUACACCACCAAAUAACAACAAGUGAUGUGCAUUACACACUGUCUUGCGUACAACAAGCAGUGCAAACGAUUCGGGAACCAAGUCGAAACUAAAUUGGCGGAACCGAAAUAUCUUUUCUUUUUAAUUAUUGUUUGUCUGAGUAAUUUUAAAUUAUGACUAUAUUCUAGAAAUUGUCACCCUCAUUUCCUCCAUUUUAUUAUUGUUUUUUAUUUAUUAUACAUCUUAUACAUAAAGAUAAGCCAUGGAAUGGAGAAGAUUGAGAAAUGACGGAUACAACAGAUUCCAUAUA